GUUUUGGUUCCAAAAACGCACUUUAAAUUAAUUGUUAAUGUUUAAUACUUGUAAGCAAGUCUUGUCUAAACAUCUAUAGAAGACGGUAGUAUAUAGUUUGGAUCGUAAAGUUUGCGUUUGGUGGAAUUUUAGUUGUGUUUUUUCGAGUCUCUUUACAGGUCAGUCAACAAAUCGCUAGCAAGCAGUGAACAGGUCACCCCCAGCAUUGCUUCUCUUUUCAAGCGUUCCAGCUAGUCUCGUUUUCGUGAUUUCGUGCUACCUACUUCGCAUUCAGUCCUCAGAAUUAAAUGGCACUGCGCAAAAUUUGAAGUCGGUUGCAUUAAAUACCAGUAUUAUGGCACAACCAGAAGAUGUUAAAAAGCUGCUACGUUCACUCCUCAUUUCGCAGAAAGGAGGUGUACCACUGCAAUUACUAGCCAGUGACUAUAGGUCCCUGAUUGGUGACCAUAUUCCUUUUAACCGGUUCGGUUUUCGUACGUUGGAAGAGUAUUUGAAGUCUAUUCCUGAUGUAGUGACUAUUCAGAGGGGAAGUGAUGGUGCUUGGAUAUGCUGUCCUGUUGCUGAUGCAGCUUCAGCUCAUGUUCAUAGCUUAGUAUCGAGGCAAAGGACUCAAAAGAAGAGAAAAGUAUCAAAGAAGACGAGCCGCUAUCCAUCGAAGCCUCCUUUUUUUGCCUCUAGAAGGGCUCCUGUACAAAGAAAUUAUGGACCGCAGUCAGCCACUAAGUCCAGACCUCCAGCGAAUAUCCCACGCAGGAAUAUUAGCUCAGCAAGACGAGUAAAUUUGGGUCCAUUGUUGAGUAGUGUUCCCAGAAAUGGCAUAUCUGGACCUUCACUCAAACCUGUCAAGGUUUCAACCCAACAAGCAAACUCUAAUGUUGAAAGUGAAUUACCCCCUCGCAUGCAACGGAGGCUAGGAGCAAAGUCUGCAAAGCCUACUAAACCGUAUGCCAGGUCUUCCAGUAAAUCAGUGGCAAUAUCAAAUCUUCCAUCAUCAUUUACUCCAGAUCUGAUCAAGAAGCACUUUGAAGAUAUGAAACCAGUGGAUGCCCGUCUAGAUAAAGCAAGACGCUGUGUGAUUAUGAAGUUUGAAAAUGCGAGUGCUUAUGAUGUUCGUGACCAGUAUGAUGGCUCGCUAUUCAAAGGGUCGAAUAAUACAGUCUCCAAAAUAAGUGUGACUGUCGAGUUAGAUGAAGGAGAAGCAAGUGCUCUUCAGAGAAUUCAGAAGAUUGUAGAAGACAAACCUCAUGGCUUAUGGAGGAAGAAUUUAAGCGACGAAUACCGAAAGUUGUACUGUGAGGACAUGCCGUUGAUAUGUGAAGACGACUUGGUGUCUGUUGUCACUGUUGAGAAGUUACAUAAUAAUAUUAUACUGUAUCCAAAGUUAAAAGUGACUAUUCAAGGCAAAGGCAAAAUGCAUCGUAUUAUAAGAAAUGAAAUACCCAAAGUGACAAUUCCUCCACCAGUGCUUAAGCCUGUUAAGUCCAGGGUUGUUGUAUAUGUUUCUUACAUACUAAGCUGCAGUGAGUUUUUUGUGCAAUAUGAUGAUAGCCCAAUAGAGGAAAUUGCUCAAAGGCUGUCCAAUCAGUGCGAGAGUUGUUCUCUGCCAAUGACCAGGUACAGUAAAGGAGAGUUCUGUGCAGCACAGUAUUCUGAAGACAAUAAUUGGUGUAGGGCAAAAAUCCUGGAAGUACAUCGAGCUCCAAAGGCAGUGUACAAUGUGGAGCAAGGAAAGGAACAGGAUGAAAUACAAGUGUUCUUUCUGGAUUAUGGUAACCAAGAGUCGCUCAGACCAACUUCAUUACAGUUCCUUACACCUGUAUUUGGCAAUGAACCAGCCCAAGCCGUUAGGUGUUCAUUAAACAGUAUCAAUCCAUUGCAGAGUGAAAAAAGAUUUAGUGCCGAAGCAAACACCAGAUUCCGUCAGCUUACCAAACAUAUUCCAUUACUUAUGACAGUAGAAGAUAUAGUGAAUGAUACAUGCAUUGUGGAUUUGGUGACUGAGAAAGAUGUGAACAUAGCGCAGAAGCUUUGCCAGGAAGAGCUGGUUGAUGGAAUGAGCCCCCCUCCACUCAUCUAUCCCGAAAGAACACCAUGGGAAGUGUCGGUUACAUAUAGUACAAGUACCACUGAAUUUUGUAUUCAGUUUGAAGAAUAUAGUGAAGAAUUUGAAGCACUAGAAGCAGAACUAAACAGUUUUUAUGGUUCGCGAUCACACAAUAGUUUAUCAGGAAAACCCGAGCUUGGCAAGGCAUAUGCUAUAUGCACUGGAAACAGUUGGUACAGGGUUGUUGUUUGUGGCUUUGCAGAAAAAAAAGUUAUGUGUCACUAUGUUGACUAUGGUGACAGAGAAGUCUUGGAUUGGUCACAAUUUGAACAUCUUGAGAAAAAAUUCUUGAAUCUUCCGUUUCAGAGUGUAAGGUGUUCACUGGCAAACCUUGCACAGUUUGCUAGUCAUGAGAAGGUGUUCCGUGCAUUCAUCGACCAGACUGCUGACAAAGUACUAAUAGCAGAACAAACAGGGAAGAAAACCAAUCCUAUGGAGGUAGUUCUGUAUGAUAAUACUGGUCCUGGAGAUGACGUGAACAUUAAUGAGUUGCUUGCAAAGCUAGUUGAAGAUGAAGACUUGGCCCCACAACUUCCCAAGGUUGGCAAAAAAAUUGAUGGUUAUGUUUGUCAUGUGGAGGAUGAUGGUACAUUAAGUGUUCAGAUCCCUGGCCCAGGGUUGGAGAGACUAGAAGAAUCCUUGAUGGUGUCUUUGGCUAAACACUUUUCAAAGCCAUCUUCUGCAGCAGAGUUUAUAGUUGAACCUAAAGUAGGAAAGCUUUGCUGUGCAAAGUUUUCCCAAGAUAAUAAUUGGUAUCGGGGCAUCAUCACUUCGGUUGUCUCCGACACAAAGGUAGGCAUUAAAUUUGUGGAUUAUGGAAACACAGAAAUCGUGUCCAUGACAUCAAUACGUGAACCAAUGAUUAACAAUACAACUUUGAUCACAUUACCAUAUCAAGCUGUGCCGUGUGUCCUAGAGGGCGUCCCACCUGCUGACCAUCGCUACAAAUGGGGUUCUUAUGCUUCUUCAUGGCUCUUUGACCUGUUAGACAAUAGACCUGUUAGUAUUGAGGUAGUGCGUGGUCAAACCAAAGACAAAGCAGCCAGUGUGAUAAUUACCACAGUUGAGAAUCCGAUUGUAGUAAACGAUAGCAUGAUUGAGCUAGCUGAUGAGCUGUUUCUGGAGGAAAAAUAUACAGUUGAUAUUAAAGACAUUUCACAAGCAAAAGACAAUGCAAUAGAGAGUGCAGACAGCAAUGCCAACAUAAGCAAGUUGACAGACGAUGAAGCUGUGGAUAUUGUAAAAAUUAUAGCCCAAGUGAACAUCAACCCUGAAAAACAGCUGAGACGACCAUCAUUAGACUUGCAGACUUCUCCAACAUCAAGUUUGUUGAAGAGGUUGCCGAUGCCGCCGUCACUCGAGAUCCCAGGAGUGGGAGAAUACUGGGAUGUAGUCAUCAGCAAUGCUAAAGAUCCAUCUCAUUUUGUGUGCCAGCCAUUUGUUCAGUCUGAGCAUUUCCAAGCAAUGCUGCUACAGAUGAAACAAUAUUAUUCUACUUCUACAUUUCGAGACUUGCCAUCAAGUGGCAUUCAAGAAGGUGAAAUAUACGCUGUGUGUUUAAACGAUCAGUGGCAACGGGCACAGGUGUGCGAGGGGCAACGUGGGGAAUACGUGAAUGUUUAUCGCAUUGAUGAAGGAGAUUUUGACAUAGUAGACCUAAAAGACAUCCGGCCUCUGACUCUUCAGUUUAGAAAGUUACCAUUUCAGGGUGUUAUAGCCAAACUUAGUGGGGUUGUGCCAGCAGAUAAUUAUAGGUUUUACAGUGAUGAAGCUUCCGAUUGCUUUCAGAAGCUCGUCAAGGGGAAGGCCUUCGUAUCUACCAUCAAAGAGAAAGUUGAGGAAUCCUUUCACAAAUUCAAACUAGUUGUAGAUCUUACUGACACAUCAAAUGAGGAUUAUGACAUUUUUAUAGACAGUGUACUAAUUGAGUCCAAUGUAGCCGUAAAGGCAUGAUAAUCUAAAACGAACCAGAUCAGCCAUGAAGUCAUGAUAAACUAACUGCAAUGAACCAGGUGAUCUAUUUGUCUGUUGUAUUCAACAAUCGUAACUAAUACCUGUUUUUAUAUGUGCAAUGGUUGAGCAAUGAUGGAUGACAACUCAUAGAUUAUAAUUUCCUGUACAGUCUUGUGCUACUCUGUGCAAUUGUAACAUUAACACCCACCAAAACUAACCUUGAUCUGUUACAGUCUAUUUGAAUAAUUUUUUAAUCAAACAAAUUGUCAAUUUUAUCCAACUUUAAAACCCUCUCUAUACCUUAUAACAAUGCAAUCAUCAUCACCGUCUCAUUUUUUUCCUGUGUUGUUUCUUUUGCUGUUUUUUUUUCUCCGUCCGCCUGUUUGUAAGACAUUUUUUCCGAUUACCAUAGUACUUCUGCAGACUUCUUGUGUUGUAAGCAAGUUAAUUCACUACUUUUAAGAGAAAGGCCAAAAUAGGUAAUCUUGAUUCUGAAAUUAUCCAUCAUUAUAGUGCAUGUGAUUAAAUAAUGUUGCAUAAGAUUUUGCUCUAAUGAGGAGACUUGAAUGUUAACAGUAAAAGAUAUUCUUUCCAUCUGUCAGUAAAAUGUGUUCAUUCUAUUUUGUUAAUGGUUCAUGUUUUGAUGUGUACAUGCUUAAGGUGUAGAUUUGGUCCUGCUAGGCUAAUUAUAUGAAACAAGGAUGUUCUGCUUAGCAAGAGAAAAGAUAAAUUGAAAAAUGCCUUCAAAUCUACUUAGCUGUUCACACACAGGGCUGGAAUUUGAACUAAAUUGGCUUGUAUGUCGUACAUCCACUGACCACCGUUUAAAAUUUGAUCUUAUUAUAGUAAAUAAGUAUGCAAUGUGUGAAUGCUGUCAAUAAUCUAGAGUUAUUGGGUGAUUACCUCUGCAGUAACUUGCAUUCACCCUUUGACAAUAACUUGACCUAAAUAGAUAGAAAACUCGUUUAACAAUUUUAAAUUUAUUCACCCAUCUAGAUAGAACAAGGAAAGCUUGUGUUGGUAAAUAACAGAUGUGUUUUUACACUCAUUUAACAGUGCCAAUUAUAGUAGCUUAGUGCUAUAAUAUUUUUUAUCCUUAUGAAAAUUUUAUUUAGAGUUGCAUAUGUGUUAAAUCAUUUAAUGUUGAUUAAAAAGUUACCUUAAAAAAAUAAAUAUUUAAGAGUAUAUUAAACAGAUUGCUAUUAGAUGUCAAUGGUGUGCAUAAAACUGAUAUUAUAUUCACUAUUGUUUACAUUGCCAAAAAGAGUUCAUUUAAUUAUUAAAAAGAGUAUUUUUGUUAUAUAGUUUAAAGCACAUAUUAUGUAUAUUAUAUUAUAUAAUCAUGUGAUUACUUGUGAUAUUUUUGUACCUUUGAGGGGCAUUUUGGAAGGGUUUGAGGAGUGCAGCAUGUAUAAAGUUGUUUCACUUCAAUCAUUGUGGUCUUGUGUUAGGGGUGAUUCCCAUCAAAAGUAUUUCAUUAGAUCCAUGGUUGUAUCUAUCUACAAAUAAUUAUACGUGGAACGCCUUCAAGGUAGCAUUUCCAAAUUCCCGACCAUAAUUCCAAUGUUAAUUGCUAUAGUGUGCAUCAAACAAAAUGUUGGGCUACUCUAGUAAGUCUUGGAAUGGUGGCGCAAGUGUUUGGCUAUUUUGUCAGCAAAAUAAAAAUGCUCCUUGAUGUUUUGUCUAGUAUAUGUAUUAUUACCAGUAUAUCUGUCUUCAAAUUGGUCCCAUAAUGACAUGUUAAAGGUCUGUGAUGAACUAAAAAUAAUUUAAUACACAGGUGUCCCUUCAAUGAAAGAGCACUUUUGGGAGUGGGUUUUAAUGGUCUUUAGCAGCUUUGAUCUCUAAUUAGAUUAUGAAAACAUUAGUUAAUAUGAGACCACAGAAAAGUGGUCUUCAAUUAGAGGGAGAGCUGUAUUUGAAUUGCUCAGUUUAUUUAAUUAAGUUAUUAACAUUCAAUUAAAAAUUGAGAAAAUAUUUAGUAAACAUCAAAAAUUGCAUUUAUUAAUUGCCAGUUGAUAACUUGCAUAAUUAUUUAAUUAAGCAGUGUAAUGUUAAAUUGCAGUUAAACUUGCCUAAGUUGACUUUGCCUAACUCAAAUAAUUUUUCAAGUCGAUCUUUUUUUUCAUGCCAAAUUCUUUUGGAUUAAUUAUUGAUCUGUAAGUCAAAUUUUAUCUAAGUCGGGUCGAACAAUUUUUUAAUGCCAUUUUGGAUUCAACUUAAGCAAGUUCAACUUAUAUCUGUUAUCAAAGUUAUAUUUCACCAGACUGUUUAUCUUUAAAAAAAAACAGUACAGAUAUCUAAACUAUAAUACAAUUAUUUCUCCUGUUACAAGUUUUUUAUAUAUAAUUUUAAUGUAUGUAUUUUUUUCAAAAGUAAAAAAAAAGUUCUCAAAUUAUGUUGCAUUACAUUGUUAUUUUGUAACCAUUGUUUUGCAUGUAUGGUCACCUUAUCAUCACAUUUAUCUUAAGUCUUUAAAUUUCAUCGUAUGUUUAUAUACUUUGUUGGUUGUGUUGAAUUAUUUAAAUGGUCUUUCUCACCCAGUAGUAAUUUUACGAAAAUCAUUAACUGAUGUAGUUGCACAUUGAUUCUGUAGGAUGUGAACUCACAAUUUGACUCUAGGUACAGCAUACAAAUGUCUGAAGGUAAACGCAUAAGUGUAGCAUGUAAAAAAUGAUUAAAAAUUUGCUUUACAAGUGUCACUAACAUAUACUGGUAACACUGCUUCUACUAACCUAGUAUUUUCAUGGAAAAAUUCUAUGUUUAGUGGACUGAUAGAAAUACAUUGUUAUAGUACUGCAAAUCAGUACUGAAGUAGACAUUAAAUAUAUCCUAUGAAUAUAUAUGCCUUGGUUGAUACAUAUAUACUAUUGAAUCUAGUUGCAUUUAAAUUACCUUAUACGAUGUAGGUCAAAUGAGCAAGAUAUUGUAUCAUGAAGCUGUUGGUUAUACUGUAUUCAAUGUGCUGGGUAUAUUAGAAUAUAUUGGCUGUUAUUUUGAAUGAA